GGCUGUUACAGAUAUCAUCGUGUCCCGAUGAUAUAUCUUCCCAGGAUCCAACAGGAUCGACAGAAGUACCGCAACCGGAAGACUCCGGCAUAAAUGGAUGAAUCAUAGGAGUCUGGCGGAAAAAAAAUGUAUUUUAUGUAGACACCGUAUAUUAGUAUUCAGCGAGAGGCACGCGCGUUGAAACCCAUGAACAAGUAGCUUCUAUUAUAAGAAGUUCAACCGCGGAAUGGCAUGCGUUGACCGGUACUCUGUACGCGUCUGUUUCUAACAAAUAAAUCAUCGUUCGUCGCCGGAGACAGUCGCAAUCGAACCACGAAGAUGUUUUCAGAUUUUGUACCCCGCCAACCGUUUAUUGGUAGGAGAACUGCUGCUCCAUCGACGCUUUUCUAGACGCGAUCCAAUUUUAUAGCAGCAGUUAAAUACACCCCGACAGGCUGUUUGUUAUUCUUCGGCAUCCGACGAGGAUAAAACGUAUUGCUUGCAAAUAUAUUUAGGCGCGAACAUUGGAGUUUAUCGUCUAAAUAUUUAGAAUACAGAUUUUCCUGAAGUCGCUGUUCUACGCCGGCUGCACCACGCGCGUCAGUUCCGUUUCACUGGUGAUUCCGAGAACUUCUGCAUCCCCUUCGUUCGCGGCGCUACCAAGAAUGCCAACAUCCAACGAUACAUUUUCGAGAAUGUCGAACAGCCUCAAUGCGGAGGAGAAAGACAGUCUACAGGUGAGAAACCGUGCGAGCCUCUCGUUGAAAAUGCAACGAAGCUUUAAAAAGAUGAAGAGAAGCAUUCAGAAGAUCACCGAAUCUUCGACGACUGUACAACCUCACUGCGUUUUCGUAGAGAACAUGCAAGACGACGAGAUGCAGCAGCCGUAUAUAUUUCCGGAACGGCUCUCCUCUUUAACGUGCCAAACGGGCUUCACGAAGGAUGAGAUCCGAAAGCUCUAUCGCGCCUUUAAACAGUAUUGUCCGCGAGGCGCGGUGACCACGAACGACCUGAAGCCGGCAUACGCAAAACUGUUUCCGCUAGGAGAUCCGGCGAAGUACACUCAGAUAGUGUUCAACACCUUCGACAGGGACGGUGACGGUGUUGUCAGCUUCCAAGAUCUCCUCGCUGAGAUAGCUCUGAUCGCGAACGGUGACCUGGACCAGAAGCUUUCCUGGAUCUUCAGGUUUUACGACUUGAACGGGGACGGUUACAUCACGAGAAAGGAAAUGCUGGUCAUAAUAUCCGCGAUUUACGAAAUGCUGCAUAAUGGACAGACUAUCCAGCGUAUGGUCGACAGACACGUGGACAUGGUUUUUGAAAAGAUGGAUACCGAUAAGGACGGAGUCAUAUCUCGGGAGGAAUUCAUGAAUUGCUGCAACAAUGAUUCCACGAUUCUGAAUCAACUGGAGUCAUUCAAUCGAUUCUGGUGAUGAUCCUAGUAUUUAACAAAUGCAAUUGUGGAAUUCUAUUAUGCACGUUCCUCGCACUCUUCAGAAAAUGUUUCUACCGUUACAACGAUGCGAAUAACGCGGUUCCGUGUAAACCAAUUUUGUACUCUUAAAACAACCUCUUCUGUAAAAUAUAGAAAACACAAGCGAGAAAAAAUGCAAACGCUAGUGCUAAUAAAACUUUAUCCGUGA